UUGACUUUUUCCAAGAGGGCAAUCUGCAAAACUGAAGAAAUCGGAAAACAAAUAAAAUGGCAGACGAACAAUUACCCGCCGGUUGGGAAAAACGUCUCAGUAGGUCAACUGGACAACACUACUAUUUAAAUAUUUAUACUAAAGAAUCUCAGUGGGAUGUUCCAGAUAAGCCAGCUGAGCCUGUAUCUUCCAGUGGCCCUGAACAAGUUCAGUGUUCACAUUUAUUGGUAAAACAUAAAGAUUCUAGAAGACCCUCAUCAUGGCGAGAAGAAAAUAUAAUCCGCUCAAAAGAAGACGCAUUAGAUAUAGUUAAAUCUUAUCGCGAACAAAUUGCUCAAGGAAAGACAUCAUUUGCAGAAUUGGCCUCAAAGUACUCAGAUUGUUCCUCGGCAAAACGAGGCGGCGAUUUAGGUCCAUUUGGAAAAGGGGCCAUGCAGAAACCCUUUGAAGAAGCUGCUUUCGCAUUAAAAGUUGGAGAAUUGUCUGAACCUGUGUUUACAGAUUCUGGAGUGCAUAUUAUAUUACGUACAGUCUAAGCAUUUUUAUCAUCAGUGUUUUCCGAAUUUAAAACUUCCAGUUGACUUUACAAUACUACAUUUCAUUACUCUGACACCAACUAUCAUUUAAAAUCUUUUUUGUAAGCAAAUUCAUGUAUUCCGAAAAUUAAGUUGCACAAAUUAAAUACAUAGGUAUUAUAAAAAAGUAAUCAGAAAGAAUUAAUAGGUUCAUAUUCAGUUCUUGCUUUUUUGUGAUUAAACUUGAAAUAUCUACAGCCAUAAAUGUUCCUAUGGUUCAAUUUAAUUGUUUAUAAGAGCUACCUAGUUGUUAAAGCGUUUAAAAAUUGAUUUUGUUAUAUAAAAAAUGAUAAGCUAGAAAGAAGCAAAUUUAUAUUUGUUCUGCCAUCAAAUCUGCAAUAUGAAACUUUUAAGGUUGUACAGUUUUGCCGUAUGAAAUUUCAGUUAAGAUUUUAUUCAAUUUCAGGUAUAAACAGGUUUUUAAUUUACAAGUUGUAUAUUUAUCAAUUUCCUCUGUUUACUUUUUUUUCAUGAUGCCUUUUGUCUAUUAUAAUUUUGAAUGUUACUUUUUAGUAACAAUAAUUCUGACAUUUCUUGUUAUAUUUUAUAGAUUAUUGCAUUUAAGGCUGAUUCGGUUGGACUUUUGUAAUUACUGGUAUUGCAAAUUGUGUUAAAUUUUGAUUUAUGUAUAGCCACAAAUAUA